CAUCCGCUUGCGGAACGGAAGAUAAAAAAUCGGCAAUUGCUUUCGCGAAGAACAUAAAAAUCGGAAAAGAAAUCGGAGAACGUAAGAAGUGGGGAACCGCGGCGGCGUUUGGGGUGAUUGCCGGAGGUGGAGGUAGAGGUAGAGGCUCCGGCGGAGGCGAGUUCUUGUUCUCAUCCAAUACUGUCGUCUCUGUCCGGAUGGUAUAGUAGUCCUUACAAUCCACACUUUCUUGAACUCCCCCUUCAUUGCUCUUCUUGCACCGAGCAUUAAGAGGGGUAAGGGAGAGAAGUAUUCAAGAAAGUAAGAAGUAGAAGCAAAUUAAAGAGUGGGGGGAGAGAGAGAGAGGAGUGAGAAGGAGGAUGAAGGAGGUGAUACUGCACGUGUACGACGUGACCAACAGCGAAUCCGAGAAGACCAACAACACCAUCCUUCAGAUCAACCGGGUCUUCAAGGACCGCAUCGGCCUCGGCGGCAUCUUCCACAGCGCCGUUCAGGUAUAUGGAGAAGAAGAAUGGUCAUUUGGGUUUUGUGAAAAUGGUACUGGAGUUUUUAGUUGUCCACCGAGUAAAAAUCCUAUGUAUACCUAUCGUGAGCGUAUCCUUCUGGGAGAGACAAACUGUUCGAUCUUGAAAGUAAGUCAAAUAUUGAGGGAACUUAGCCGAGAGUGGCCUGGAGACUCAUAUGACCUCCUGUCGAAAAACUGCAACCACUUUUGCGAUGCUUUCUGUGAAAGACUGGGUGUACCAAAACUUCCAGGUUGGGUCAACCGCUUUGCCAGUGUUGGAGAUGCUGCUGUCGUUGUUGCAGGAAAUACAGCAUUGCGGCUAAGGCAAGCAAAGACAGAAAUUGUGACUGCCAGCAAAGUGGCAUACAGAUUCAUGGCUGGUCUGGCUUCAAAUUCAAAUUCACCUGCCACACCAGAGUCUCCUAACAAUUCAAACGGAAGCUCCCCUAGGUUCCAGGGUACUUGGUUUAGAAACUUGAUAUCUGUUGGUGCCAAGCCAUCCGGUAGUGCUUCGGAAGUUUCAGGAGGGGAUGAUGACACACUUCCACUUCGGCAGCAGAAAUCUAUGAAAUAACACCAUUACAACUCGAUGCAUAAUAUUUGACAAAUUUAGAAAUCAUCAUCAUUGUUGUUUGAAUGUGUACCAUGGGUCAGAAAACUCAGAAACUGAACAUGUUGUUUAUGCGUGAAGCAGGAAAUCUCUGCUCCUAGUUUCUUUUUACAUUAUCUUUGCAACAGAAAACAGAAAUUUGGAAAACAAAAUGAUCUAAUUUGAUUGAUUGUAGAUUUACAUUUGUCAAACCUUAUGAUUUGCAAAUGGAUGAUGCCUAAUUCACCUUUCUUCAAAA